UUUCAUUAAGCAAAAUCAACAUGGAAAUGGAUAACUUGCUAAUAUAUUGUGAUUAAAUAUCACUAUAUUACUAGCCAAGGAAGAGUAAUAGGACAGAUGAGUGUCUUAGUUCAUUAUUUAGGGGUAUCAUGAAUUUGUCAAUUUCUAAAACGAGAAUUAAAAUUCUGCAAUUAGAAAUAGGGUACCAAAUUUUUUCAUAAUUCUUAAUUCAAUUGGAAAAUGCCAAAAUGGUUACAUCGGAUAUGUGAUGUCCUGAAUUUGAAUAUGGAAUCUCAUUGUGUGUAUUUUUAAUAAAAUAGUAGAAUUACUUUUUAGUAGUUUUACUUUUAGUGAAUAUGUAAAGGUAUUUAAACUAAGUGGGGGAUUAUUUAGACAACAACUUUGUUUUUUUAACAUAUUAGAAAUCAAAAACUUCCAAGCAAUUGUACAAAUCAAUUUUAUUUUUUUAAAAAAAUAAUUUUCAAUUAGUCUCUAUAUUGUUCAAAAUACUUUUUUUUUUUAUUUAUCAAACGUUCAAAAUAUACUACUGAAAUAGAACAUUCGAUAAUAAAUGAGAAGCAUUCCGAACAAUUUUUUUCUUCUUUGUUUUGGAAAAUUGAUCAAAUUUGCAAGUUGGUUCCACAAUAUACAUCUCUAUGGAAGUCUAUGCAUACAAUUAUACGUCCCAUUCUUUUCAAUCUACUAUAUAUUAUCUCGAUAACAUUCAAAAUAUGUCAAAAUCAAUUUUGUAUCUUCCAAAACUAAAAAUAAAGUAUAAGAAAUCAGUCUCGUAAAUACAAUUCAACUGGUAAUUGCAAAAUGUUAAUAUCAUGUUUUUGAGUUUGAACUCGAGAUUUUUCGCUUCUAGUCACUAUUAGCUCCUUUACACCCCGAAAUUUUAUUUUACAAGAAAUAAACUAUAAGGCAUGUGUUGAUCAUAUUUGCAAGGGAAUAUGAGUACAUAAUAUAAUUGAUUCACUGCCGUUGAAUAAGAUCUCAAUAUUGACCGGUUCUGUCCUCAAUCUUUUAGGUUAGAAAUAAGUAACUGAGCACACAUGUUAAAAGAAAGGACAGAAAAGGUAAAAUAUAACCAAAAUGGAAAAAGUAAAGUCAGUUAUUUUCAGUCAGACAAAGUCAAGCAUUGGAAACUUUCAUUUCCAUAUGACUAAUGUACAACUUUAACAACACAAUAUAUAUAUUUUCUCUAACCAUAUAUUAUAUGUAUGUGCAUAUCAAUUCUUUCACUUUUUCUUUGUGAUUAAUAUUCUAGCUUCUUCUUUUUCUUUUGGUUUAUAUAGUAUUCAUUAUUAAUUUUGAGUGUGGUUGAGUAAAUUAUAAUUAAGGCCAAUAUGGGAAGGUCUCCAUGUUGUGACAAAUCAAAAGUGAAAAGAGGGUCAUGGUCUCAUGAAGAAGAUGUUAUCCUCAGAAACUACCUUAACAAACAUGGCUUAGCUGGUAAUUGGAUAACUCUCCCUCAGAAAGCAGGCCUAAAUCGUUGCGGGAAGAGUUGUCGUCUUAGAUGGUUAAACUAUCUUAGGCCUCAUAUCAAGCUUGGAGGUUUCACUGAGGAAGAAGACAACAUUAUCUUCACUCUUUAUAGCACCAUUGGAAGCAGGUGGUCCUUAAUAGCAGCUCAGCUACCAGGAAGAACAGAUAAUGAUGUGAAGAAUCAUUGGAACACUAAACUAAAGAAAAGGUUUUUGGCACAAAACUCAUCCACAAGCAACAAUAUUUACACUUUUAGCAACACUACUAGUACUGCUACUACAAGUUCUGACCACUUUUCAAGUACUUUGACUUUUCAACCUCAAGUUGAACAAACCUUUGUCUUUGAUCCAAAACAGAACACAACUUGUUUUGACUCCUACAAUGUUCUUGAUUUGGAUCAAACAACAAUUAAUAAUAUUAAUUUACCAAUGAAAAUGGAAUCAGAACCUUUUUAUACUGGAAACAUCUUGAGUAGUAGCUGUAGUACUACACCAACCACCAAGGAAAUUUCAAGUGCACCUUUCUUAGAAGAACAAAAGAACAAUCAUAAUCAAUGGUUUGGAUAUGAUCAUGAUGAUGCAUUUCUACAUGAAUUUGUUCUUGAUGAUUAUUUGAAUCAUGGACCCUCAUCUGGCUAACUCAGGGAAUCCCGCAUUCACGAACUCGUGAAAUUGGUGGUCAUCUGUUAUUGAUUAGACGGUCCAAAAAAAUAUAUAAAUUUUAUUUCGAUCUUCUAACUAAGUGAAUGCGAGGAAUCCCUACAAAUGAGCCGGACUCUUACCAUAAACUCUCAAGCUCAUCAACAAUUUGAAGAAGAGAAAAAUCAGUGGAUGAAGGGAAAGGUAUAGGAAAAAGGAAUUAAAGGGAUAGGAGUAUUGAUUAAGCUAUUUACUAGUAUUAGUAAUUAACUACUUCUGAUUAGUGUUUAAAUUUGUGUUUUAUUGUAGUUGGUUUGCUUUUGGAAUUAUGUGAGAUUCUAUAUUAAUUUCAAAGAUAAUGAUGGUGGUAAAUUUAGAAGUAUAUACAUGUUAAUCAAGAGUUUUUAUUUUUAUCGACGCUUAGAUGAAAUGACAUGUCUCUUUUAGUUUAACCAAUGACAUGUCUUUUUGGGAGAGUUUGUUGUCCAUUUGGGUUCUAUAAAACUCAAAGAUUAGUCUCUACAGUUGUCGUAAAUGAUACCGAUUUAUUUUUUUGGGUAUUAAUCCUUUGGUACUCAUGGGAAGGGGGUCCCUUUUCCACCAGGAAUCAAAUUUAGAUUUUUCUAAACGAUUCGUCUUAAGGGAGUUCAUUAACCACUUAAUUCCGAUGUAUUGGAUUUUGUUAAUCAAAAUUUUUAAUUAGUGUCCUUUUUACAUGUUA